GCAACAGAUUCCAAUUAGCAGAGUCUGGUGGCCUCAUGAACGUCGCCACUGUGAGGGCGCUUACAAACACCCUUGACCGCACUGACAAGGUAUCCAUCCGUAGCGACUUCUAUAAAGCCACGAAUGAGAAACCAAAUCGUCGAUGGAUUUCCAAGAGUCAAGCAGUUUCUUUUCUCGUUUGUAAAAGAAGGUGCUACCGCUCAUUCAGAGAUUAUCGACCACAAUAACCUGGGGAAUAGCAUCCUCUACGUACCAUGCGUUUCCUCCCCAUCGCGACGGCGGCAGUCCUCGCCGGGUCAGCGACCGCGAUCCCGACCCCGGAGCAGGGCGACGCAAAGCCGGCUUUUGAGAUUUCUUUCACAUACGUGAAUGGGACCUUCACCGACGUCUUUCCCGUCCCCGACUCGCUGGAAGUCCAAGUCCUGAACAGUGGAGACCCGGUCGCCAACGUCUUCUUCCAGCCGCCGGCCACGGGGGUCUUCGGGCGUUGCACGCUUCUGGAGCCGGACAGGCAGGGGCUUGGGGUGAUCGAGUUCAGUAAACCAACGAUCCGGUCUGUUGAGCCAGCCGCUGUCAUUGGUUUCGUGCAGUGCAACUCGGAAUAGACGGAGAGGGAAACCCAGGAAUGGGAAGAGAAAGGCAAGAUAGGAUGAGGUUUUGGGAUGUGAACGUAUAACAGGCACCAGAUCUUGGAGGCGCUCCCCAACUGUAUAUGCACUUUCCUUACCACGGGAAGGCUAUUCUCGUAUAUCUCAGUCUCUAUCGCGCCUAGAUCCCUCGACGACAACUUAUGUCGCCGAUAUACGCGCUACCGUUAAGGAGGCCGGCAAACCCGAGCAGGGCACUUGCUCUGCUCUCGUGUCCAAAUCCGCAGCUCUAGAAAUGUAC